CGGGUGCAGCCCCGCGGCGUGGCGCGCGCUCCCCCGCCAUCGGCGGCCCCGGCCCCGGUGCGGCCCCGCCGGCCCCGCCGCUGCCCCCGGCCACCCCGCCCGGCCAUGCCGCCCGCCCGCGCCGGGUACGCGGUGCCCUGGUGGGCGGCCUGGCUGCACGGGCUCCCGCACCGCGGCCUGCGCCUGCAGCCCGUCCCCGCCGCCUUCCGCCCGCGGGACCCCGACUACCAGCAGUCGCUGCUUUUCCUGGGCUUGGUGUCCGCCGUCUGCCUCGGCCUCAACCUCCUCUUCCUCACCGUCUACCUGAUCUGCCUGUGCUGCUGCAGGAGGGACCAGGAGCCCGAGACCAAGCGGCCGCACUCCUGCUGUGUCACCUGGAUGGCCGUCACCGCUGGGCUCAUCUGCUGCAUGGCCGUCGGCGUCGGCUUCUACGGGAACAGCGAGGCCAACGACGGGGUGUACCAGCUGCUCUACGCCCUGGACCACGCCAACCACACCCUGACCAGCAUCGACUCCCUGGUGGCAGGGACCGUGCUGCAGAUGCAGGUGGGCUUGGAGCAGCACCUGGCGCGGCUGAACGAGGUCCUGGCCACGCGGGGGGAUUACCUGCAGACCCUCAAGUUCAUGCAGCAGCUCUCCGGCAGCAUCGUCCUGCAGCUCUCGGGGCUGCCCGUCUGGCAGGGAACCAGUGCCAACCUCACCGCGCUGGCCGGCCAGGUUGCCUACAUCGAGUAUUACCGGUGGUUGGCUUAUCUCCUCUUCUUCAUCCUCGUCCUGGCCGUCUGCCUCCUGGCCUGCCUGGGGCUGGCCAAGCGCUCUCGCUGCCUCCUCACCACGAUGCUGUGCUCUGCGCUGCUGACCCUCGUCCUCGGCUGGACCUCCAUGGCUGUGGACACGGCGGCAGCAGUGGGCACCAGCGACUUCUGCGUGGCCCCGGAUGAGUUCAUCAUGAACCAGACGGAGAGCGACAUCAGUGCGGCGGUGGUUCACUAUUACCUGUACUGUGAGCAGAGCCUCAGCAACCCCUUCCAGCAGGCUCUCACCGUCUUCCAGCGCUCGCUCACCACCAUGCAGAUCCAGAUCCAGGGGCUGAUCCAGUUUGCGCUACCCCUCUUCCCCACAGCUGAGAAUGACCUUCUGGGGGUGCAGCAGCUCCUCAACUCCUCAGAGACCAGCCUGCACCAGCUGACGGCCAUGCUGGACUGCCGGGGGCUGCACAAGGACUACGUGGACGCGCUGAUCGGCAUCUGCUACGACGGGGUGGAGGGUUUGCUCUACCUGGUCCUCUUCUCCCUGCUGGUGGCCGCCUCCUUCUCCACCAUCAUCUGCGCCGCCCCGCGGGCAUGGAGGCUCUUCGCUGGCCGGGACCGUGACUACGAUGACAUGGACGAGGAGGACCCGUUCAACCCGCAGGCGCGGCGCAUGGCGGCUCACGCCCCGGCACGGGGGCAUCUCCGCAGCUUCUGCAGCUACAGCAGCAGCCUGGGCAGCCAGAGCAGCCUGCACCCCCCCGCGCAGACCGUCUCCAACGCCCCCGUCUCCGAGUACAUGAACCAAGCGGUGCUGUUCGGAGGGAACCCGCGCUACGAGAACGUCCCCCUGAUCGGCAGAGGCUCUCCCCCCCCCACGUACUCCCCGAGCAUGCGAGCGACCUACUUGUCCGUGACCGAUGAGCACGUCAGGCGCCCCGGCGCCGAGUUCCCCGCCUGACGCCUGCGCCCCGAGCGGCUCGUGGGAGGAGAAAACGCCACCGGCGCCGGUUCUGCACCGGGAAACCGAAGCCACCAGGAAAAGCCGCAGUGGGCAGCGGUGGCCGGAGGACGAGCCCCAGCGGGGACCCCCGUGUGCUCCGCGCACCCUCCUCUUCCUCAGCAGCUUCUGCUCCGUUCAAGUCUUCCUGCCCCAGGGCUGACGGUGACUCUGGGGCCGAACGCCACCGGCAGAGCCAUCGCCGCGCUCCCAGUGCACCAGGCAGGCUGGGGAUGCUUCACGCCGUCUCCCUCCCCGUCUGCCCCUGCUCGGGGGGUUUUACGCCACAGAUGGAGCCGUCUCCAGCUCCCUGUGUCCAGCGCCUGGGACCGGGGCAGCCCCCUGCCCCACGGGGGGGCGGGCAGCGGCUCCCCUGCUCCUGUAGCAAAGCAGCACCGACCACUAGUGACCCCAGCUUUGCCACCUCCCGACGGUGACACCGGCUGCUCCCUCUGCCAUGAUCCUGCUCGGCACGGGCAGAGCCGGCUCCCCGUGUCCCUGUGGCUCCCCGUGUCCCUGUGGCUCCCCGUGUCCCCUUGGCUCCCCAUGUCCCCCUUGGCUCCCAGGACCCCCCCGUGCCCUCCCCUGCCACCACCCUGGGCUCAGAGGCUGUAGAGUUAGGGAUGUUUUGGCUUUGCUGGUUUUCCUUUGCUUUGCGUGCGGGUUCCCGAGCUCUGGGCAGGGCAGCGGGGCGGUUCCGCUGCCCCAUCCCAGUGUGGUUUUACCGCGGUGCGUGUCGGUAGCAGGAUUUUUGGCCGGUUUUUAGACUGUUUUUGGCGAUUCGGCUCCCCGGGCGGGCUGGCAGUGUGGGCUGGGGCAGGUCCCCCCCGCUGCAGGGACAGCCCUGGGGUCACCCCGAGUCCCCCGCGAGAGGGUUGGGGACCCUCAGGUGUCCCCGGGGAGGGGAGGACACGGUCCUGCCACCAUUGUUGGGUUCUCCAGCCCUUUGUCCCCGCUCCGGGUGGCAGAUCUGUCCCCUGGGGCGAGCCAGGGGUCUUACAUGCUCCCAGGGAUUCACUGUGUCUUUUACAAAUUAACCUGUACCUAAUUACCCCAGUCCCCUCGUGCCAUCUGUCCGUGUGACUACAACUCCUUGCUGUUGGAAACAUCCAGGGCAUUUUAAUUCCUUUUAUCUUUCUCUUGACCUUUUAACGUUUCCAUGUAACGGUACCUAGAAGAGCUGUUUUUAAGCGCAUGUGAACAAACCCCACGGGGAGCCUGGUUUGUAUUGUGCCCUCUGGGGAAAAAUAAACACUUGUACUAAA